AUGAGACUGCACAAUAAUGACUCCCACCAACCACCAAGAUGGGCAAAUGAGAUUGAUCAUUCCCCCAACCCUUCAAUCACUCCUAACCCUUCAACCACUCCUAACCCUUCAAUCACUAUCAACCCCCCGGUUAACCCUUUGGGCCAAGAACAUAUCCCAGAGUCCCAAUUAUUGGAGUCUGGGAAUCUUCUCGACUGGUUGAUGUCUGACCUCAAUGGAGCCUCGAUGGUACCACUCCCUCUGGUAGACUUUCCUGGCCCAACAGCGAAUGACGGGCUACGCGUCUCUCCUGGCAUGGAAAUAAGAAUGAGUGAAGGUCCGGGAAAUACGGCAUUGGACAAAAUCUACAAAAUGAUUGAAGAUCUAUCGAAAAAACUCAACUCAGAUGUUCAUCGCUCGGGGUUCACUCCUUCCUUUUUGGACUCUUGUCUUCAUGAGUAUUUCAAACGAAUAUCGCCCAGCUUUCCCGUUGUUCAUGAGCCAACUUUCUCACCACAAAAGACUAUCCCACCUUUGUUACUGAACAUGGUUGCUCUGGGAUCUCUUUUUGUGUGUGAAAAAGAUGCGGUUGAGAAGGGCGAAAUGCUUUGGCGACUGGGACACACAACUGUUGCCACAUCCUGGCAGACAUUAAUCGGAAUCAGAGGCCCGUGGGACACCUGUGAUGGCAUACAGUUGGUUCUAACUGCUCUCAUUGGGCAAUCAUAUGCGCUGUUUUCGAGCAAUCCCAGCAUUCGAGCAACUGCGUCGGUUUUCCACGGACUUGGAUUCUAUUGGGCCAGAACCUCAGGCAUGUACUCCGUGAGCAAUGUUCUGUCAGGUCUAUCAAGUCUUGAUUUAUCCGAUGCAGAUAAGAAUGCUCUUUGGAAGACCUGGGCUGCUACAGAGGUCCAGAGAAGAGCGAUCCUGGGUCACUAUGUCCUCGAUGGCUUGAUAUCACAAGCGUCCGGAUCACCAGCCAGCGCAAGACAUCUCCUCAACAAUCUCAAUACAACCUGCUCGGAUGCUGCUUUUGCUGCAAAAACGGCCGACGAAUGGAUAGUGGAAAUUGCACGCUCAACCCAGUCACAGAUUCCAGUAUGCGAAGCCUUCACGCGUAUAUUUUCGCCUAAUUACUUUGAAAAUUCCCUGAAGUUUUCGCAUUUCUCGAUGUUCGUUAUCAUCGAAGGGCUACAGUCAUUGAUCGCCGACGUGCACGAAAUUCAGGCCCCAGUGUUUGGCAUGGUGUCAAGAAACCAAAUCAUCCAAGCAAUGCUUAACAUAUACCAGGGGAACAUAGCGUCAGAAACGGGGUCUGAUCUUCAUCGGCUUCCAAUCCUCAUACGGUGGCACUGUGUCUUUAUCGAAACGACGGCUCCUUCUAUCUCAAUCUACAGGUGGCUGUGUAAUCACUACGGGCUUCCACAAGACCUCGAUGGAAUCCAUGUAAAAACCCGCCUUGUGAAUCUCAAUCUCAUUCAAUGGGCUGGACAAGCGGAUGCAUUCCGUGCAGUUCUGCAUGCCAUAUCGAUCAUUCGCCUUAUUGAUACUCUUCCACUCAGCCAGAUCUACCGGGCAAUGCACCUACCCACUGCAGUGUUUACCUCGGCAAUGGUCAUUGCUACGAUGUGCCUUUUGAGAGGGCCUGUGAUUGAAAUCCCGGAACAGUAUAACUGGCUAGAUGUUUGGAAGAGUCGACAUUCUCCAGGCGCCGAGCAAGAUUUGUCGGGGCCAGAAGACGUUUUACGAGAUCUGGGGGUUUCUGGUCCGGUUGAUAUGACGGUUAUAAAUCUCCUGGAUGAACUUAAUUCUUUACAGGUCAUUCUGAAAACCGUUGCAUCAAGAUGGGGCGUCUCUGCACAGAUGGGUGAUGUCAUUGGAAGAUUAGCAGUUCUUGGGCGUGAAAAUCGCAAUUCAAUCUGA